UCAGGGGACAUCGAGAUCGUGAACCAUAAGACCAAAGACCGGUGCCAGAUGAAGUUUGUGCCCUACAGCUACUUCUCCAAAGAGGCGGCCCGCAAGGUGACCGGGGUGGUGAGUGACAGCCAGGGCCAGGCCCACUACGUGCUGUCGGGCUCGUGGGAUGAGCAGAUGGAAUGUUCCAAGAUCGUGCACAGCAGCCCCAGCAGCCCCAGCUCCGACGGCAAGCAGAAGACCGUGUACCAGACCCUGCCAGCCAAGCUGCUGUGGAAGAAGUACCCGCUGCCGUGA